CCUCCCUUCCUCUCUCGCUCUCCUUCUCCCUCUCUCUCUCUCUCUCUCUCUCUCUAGCUUGCUUGCUCUCUCUCGCUCUCUCUCUCUCACUUGAUCGCUCUCUGUUUCUCUCUCUCUCUCUCUCUCGCUUGCUCUCUCUCUCAUUAUAAAACCAUGGUGCACCAAGGAAACACACAGGAAGAGAGAAGCAUAGGCUGUGCUGGUCACACCCAGAGGAAACAAGGGAACAAGUGCGUGCUUCACACUGCCUGAAUCUCACACUUACUUCUCUCUCACCGGCCCUGUCUGCGUCACCUGGAGAAGAUACUGGGGUUCUCUGCUUCACCUGUGGAAGGUCCGUAAGAAGAAACAAAGAUGAGCUGCUUCAAAUUUCUCAAAAUCACGAUGUUCUUUUUCAACAGCAUCAUCUUUCUGGCGGGCGGGGCGAUCCUGGGGGUGGGGGUGUGGGUGAAGGUGGACAGCGGCUCCCUGCUGCACUUCCUGAGCGGCAUCAACAGACGCUCUGCCUCGAGCUGGCUCGUGCUGAACUGCUACCUGCUGAUCGCCGUGGGGGCCGGUGGCGAUCACGGGUGGGGCUGCUGGGGAGCGUGGAAGCAGUGCCAUGCUGAUGCUGGGAGGUCAUCAGACAAGGGCGCGCACCACGAGCCCCGCCACACGCACCUUGAUCACGAGUUGCCAGUCGUAAACAUAUUUGCCCUCUCUUUCUCCCUACAGUUCUUCGUCAUUGUGCUCAUCAUCUUCAUCGCAGAAGUGGCGGGGGCCAUCGUGGUCCUGGUCUUCAAAUCUCUGGUGACGAGCCUUGUUCACACUGUUGGCAGAGAGGUCGUUAAAAACAUCCACUCAGCCUAUGGAAAGAAUCAAGAUUUCACUGGAAUUCUGAACACCACUAUGGAUGGGCUGAAGUGUUGUGGGUUCUAUGGCUACAAUGACUUCACAGGUUCUGCAUUUACCAAUAUGACCCAGCAGUACCCAGCAAUCUGCUGUGGCUCUGCCCCUUGCAACCAGACAGGAGCAAAUCAUUCGAACGUCACCGGGUGCUACCACAGGGUGGUGAGGUUGAUAGAGGAUAAUGUCAUUGUCCUGGGAGCAGUGGCACUUGGGAUCGCUGCUCUUGAGGUUGCUGCCAUGGCCGUAGCCAUGACCCUGUACUGUAAAAUCGGCAAAUUAGGAUGAGGACGGUGGGGCAGAGUGGCACCUGGACGGACCCCAGCCAUCCCCCAAUCCAGACACCCCCAGGUUCACGUGCCCGCUGUGUCCCCAAAUCCAGACGCACCCUGUCUCCUCCCAAAUAGAGAUUACCUCCUGCGUGCACAUGUAGACACACCCCAGUCGACUCGAAAUCCAGUCCUGGUCCCAUCCUAAUGUUGCACGUGCUGAAGACCAGCGCAGGGGUCUGAUGAUGCUGUGUGAGAAAGAACACCCUCUUCCACCCUUCCCUCGUUCCCACUCUUUCUUUUCUCCAUUCACUUUCUUUCAGGUCACCACAAUCCUGACAUUGUGCUAGAGUGAGGAAGUCUCUCUAUCUCAGGCCUUUUAAUCGAAAUUAUAUAUUAUAUUAUAUUGCAUAUUAUACGUCUAUAAUUAUACAUUUUAUAUCAUUCUGUCGCAUUGUUUCCAUGGUUUUCAAAGUAAUUCAUUUAAAUUUGAACUUGGAAAAAGUGCAAAUCACAUUUUUUACUUUUACAAUACAAGUAUAUGGUAUGAUUAGAUAUGAUAGUUUUAUAUGGUCAGGUACUGUGUUUUUUUAACGUAAUCAGGAGCUGGAAUUGGAGUACACAGUAAAAAGUGCAGUGUUCAUUCAGCUCUAUCAGAGACCUCUUGUGAGAGUUGAUUUGGCACAGCAUUGUACUUGAAGAAAAUGUUUAAUGUUUUUGUCUGUUUUUUUUCAUAUUUGUGGUGGCUGAAUUACUAUAGAAGAUAAAAUGCACUUUAUUUAAAAUGCAAGAGCUUGCUCGCUGGUAAACUGAUUCAUAGGCUAUAGUAAAUAUCUAGGUACUGUUUUUAUAACAUUGAUUCAGAUUUGUAACUGCUUAUUUUGACACUUAAUUAAUUGUAUUUAUUAAAAAAGCUCAAAUGUGACAAGCAAGGUGAUUUUUUUACAGUGACAUUUUCUGAAGAUUAAUUUAAUAGGGUUCUUUGCUGUAGCUCACAAUUUUUUUAAUUUAUGAGAAAUGCUAUUUGUCACAAUAAAAAUGGUAUUUACAUACAUUUACAAUCCCA